AUGGCUAUUCCAGCAAUCUCCAUUGCUUCUCUUCUUUUCUUGUUCUUCAAUUUGUGCCUCCGCGGCACCUAUGGAGACUAUGGAGGGUGGGAAAGUUCUCAUGCUACUUUUUAUGGUGGGGGCGAUGCAUCUGGAACAAUGGCACUAAGCACUGCUUUAUUCAACAAUGGCUUGAGCUGUGGAUCCUGCUAUGAGAUGAAGUGUGACGAUGACCCGAAAUGGUGUCACCUGGGCACCAUUACUGUCACUGCCACAAACUUCUGCCCUCCAAACCCUUCCCAGCCUAAUGACAAUGGUGGCUGGGUGCCCUGUGUGAAGAAAGGAGGAAUAAGGUUUACAAUCAAUGGUCACUCCUACUUCAACUUGGUCCUGAUCACCAACGUUGGCGGUGCAGGGGACGUCCAGUCAGUGUCCAUCAAGGGGUCUAACACAGGGUGGCAACCCAUGUCAAGGAACUGA